AGUCUGCGGGAGAGCGAGGCAGGCGACUUAAACCUACGAAGUAGGCAUCGUUCUUUAUUGGCUUUAACCUGUCUUGUGUGGUUGUGUCUUUUGAUGGUUACAACUUCAAGGGAUUAUUAUCGAACGACACGUUUCCCUGAAAUGAAACCAGUCGAUCAUGCCCCCUAGAUAGCAGCCUCACCACCCCUUUACUCCCCCCCCUUACCCCUCUCGUCCCCUACUCUCCGGUGGUCCACGAUGCCCCCGCGGAAGCGGACGCGCCCCGCCCUGGGGUUCCUGUGCUGCUUUGGCAGCAGCGAGCCCCCGGAGAUCAACCUGAAGGACAGCGUGCCCCUGCAGUUGCUGGAGUUCAGUGCCCCCAUGCCCCCGGCCGAGGAACUGCACGCACGUUUCUCUGAACUGGUGGAUGAAUUGGACCUGACAGACAAGAACAGGGAGGCAAUGUUUGCUCUACCUGCCGAGAAGAAAUGGCAGAUCUACUGCAGCAAGAAGAAGGAGCAAGAGGACCCCAACAAGCUGGCCACAAGCUGGCCCGACUACUACAUCGACCGCAUCAACUCCAUGGCUGCUAUGCAGACCCUCUUCGCCUUUGACGAGGAGGAGAUGGAGAUGAGGAACAAAGUGGUGGAGGACCUGAAAACAGCGCUUCGGACUCAGCCAAUGAGGUUUGUGACGCGCUUCAUUGAGCUCGACGGCCUCACCUGCCUGCUCAAUUUCCUGCGGAGCAUGGACUACGAGACGUCGGAGAGCCGCGUGCACACCUCGGUCAUCGGCUGCAUCAAGGCCCUGAUGAACAACUCGCAGGGUCGAGCACACGUGCUGGCCCACCCGCAGAGCAUCAAUAUCAUCUCCCAGAGCUUGCGGCAGGACAACGUCAAGACCAAAGUGGCCGUGCUGGAGAUCCUGGGCGCAGUGUGCCUGGUGCCCGAUGGCCACAAGAAGGUGCUGCAGGCGAUGGCCCACUACCAGAAGUAUGCCGCCGAGAGGACCCGCUUCCAGACGUUACUGAAUGAGCUAGACAGAAGUACGGGGCGCUACAGAGACGAGGUCAACCUGAAGACAGCCAUCAUGUCCUUUAUCAACGCUGUGCUCAAUGCCGGAGCUGGGGAGGACAACCUGGAGUUCCGCCUCCACCUUAGGUACGAGUUCCUGAUGUUGGGGAUCCAGCCCGUGAUUGACAAGCUCAGAGGGCACGAUAAUGCCAUUCUGGACAGGCAUUUGGACUUCUUUGAGAUGGUGAGGAAUGAGGAUGACUUGGAACUUGCCAAGCGUUUUGACCUGACCCACGUGGACACUAAGAGCGCUGGCCAGAUGUUUGAGUUGAUCAAGAAGAAGUUGAACCACACAGACGCCUAUCCUUACCUGCUCUCUAUCCUCCAGCACUGCCUCCAGAUGCCCUACAAACGCGGAGGGGGCAGUCUGCAGCAUUGGCAGCUCCUAGACCGGAUCCUGCAGCAGAUAGUCCUGCAAGAUGAGAAGGGAGAGGACCCGGACAUAGCGCCCCUAGACAACUUCAGUGUCAAAAAUAUCAUUCGCAUGUUGGUCAAUGAAAAUGAGGUUAAGCAAUGGAGAGACCAAGCAGAGAAGUUCAGGAAAGACCACGCAGAGCUUAUGGCCAAGCUGGAGCGGAAAGAGAGGGAAUGUGAUACCAAGACGCAGGAGAAGGAGGACAUGAUGAAGACCCUCAACAAGAUGAAGGACAAACUACAGAGAGAGGGAGUAGAGUUGCGGUCAGCGCGGGACCAAGUGCUCGACCUGCACUCGCGCAUCAGUGACAUAGCAGGUGACAGCGUACCUUUCCCUCCUCCGCCCCCUGGUGGCCCCCUCCCCCCUCCCCCCAUGACCGGAGGCUUCCCUCCGCCCCCUCCCCCUUUGCCAUUCAGCUGCCCUCCUCCUCCCCCUCCUCCACCUGGAGGCCCUCCUCCUCCUCCUGGAGCUCCACCCAUCUUCUCUGGAAUCCCACCUCCUCUGGGCCCACCUGGAUUUGGUACUACUGCAACCAUGCGCUCCAAGUCUAUCCCGCAGCCCUCGCACCCGCUCAAAUCCUUCAACUGGGCCAAGCUGGGCGAGAACAAGAUCACUGGCACCAUCUGGCACGACGUCGAUGACCUGAGGGCCUUCAAGAUCCUCGACCUCAAGGACAUCGAAAAGAUGUUCUCAGCCUAUCAGAGACAGCAAAAAGAAACAGGCUCGAUGGAUGACCUGUACCUGUGCACUCGCAAGGUGAAGGAGCUGUCGGUAAUCGACGGCCGCCGCGCUCAGAACUGCGUCAUCCUGCUCUCUAAGUUAAAAAUGAGCAACGAGGAGAUCAAGAGGGCCAUUCUAGAGAUGGACGAGCGGGAAGAGCUAGCCAAGGACAUGCUGGAGCAGCUGCUGAAGUUUGUCCCUGAAAAGAGUGACAUUGACCUCCUGGAAGAGCACAAACACGAGCUGGAGCGCAUGGCCCGUGCUGACCGCUUCCUCUUCGAGAUGAGCAGAAUCGACCACUACCAGCAGAGACUUCAGGCCCUGUACUUCAAGAAGAAGUUUGCAGAGCGCCUGGCGGAAACCAAGCCCAAGGUCGAAGCCAUACUGAGUGCCUCUAAGGAGGUGGUCCGCAGCAAGAGGUUGACUCAGACCCUGGAGGUGGUCCUGGCCUUCGGCAACUUCAUGAACAAAGGUCAGCGGGGCAACGCCUACGGCUUCAAGGUGUCAUCCCUCAACAAGAUCGCAGACACCAAGUCCAGCAUAGACAGGAACAUCACCAUGUUGCACUACCUAAUCAUGAUCUUUGAGAAGAACUACCCUGACAUCCUCCACAUCCAGCAGGACCUGCUCAGCAUACCUGAGGCAGCCAAAGUCAAUCUGGCUGAGCUAGAGAAAGAGGUGCACAACAUCAAGAGUGGACUGAAGGCUAUAGAGACGGAGCUGCAGUACCAGCAGAGCAGGACGACGGACCGAGGGGACAAGUUUGUCCCCGUGGUGGGGGACUUCAUCACAGUGGCCAGCUUCAGCUUCUCUGAGCUAGAAGACCUUCUGAACGAGGCCAAGGACAAGUUCACCAAGUCGCUGAAGCACUUUGGGGAGGAGCAGGAUCGCAUGCAGCCCGAUGAGUUCUUUGGGAUCUUCGACACAUUCCUGGUGUCGUUCGACGAAGCCAGGCAGGACCUGGAGAACAUGCAGCGCCGCAAGCAGGAGGAGGAAAGGAGAGCACGCAUGGAGGCCAUGCUGAAGGAGCAGCGAGAGCGUGAACGGCGGGCCAAGAAGGGUGGCGCCACGGAUGAGGUGGGGGGCGAGUUUGACGACCUGGUGUCGGCGUUGCGCUCCGGCGAGGUCUUCGACAAGGACCUGUCCAAACUCAAGCGCAACCGCAAGCGUUCGGUCAACCAGCUAGUGGAGGGGGGUGGACGCGAAAGACCGGUCACCAAGGUCAACUAUUAAUGACCCCUGGCCCCCAAGAGUCAUAGGUGAAUGGGAAACAACAAACAAUGUUGGCACUGUUUUCCUCACCGGUGAACUCUAGAGGUUAAGGGUCAGAGGGUAAGAUUUUGGGUGUCGGAUUGCCGUUUUGAUAUAGCAGCCACACAACCCAUCGGAAGGAAAGUAGACUUUGAGUUGACGAGAAUUGCUCUUCUUCAAAACUCCACCAAGACACCUGACCCCAUCUUCGGAAGUGGACUACAGACACUUAGACGGACUGACAGACGGACCACUGUGACAUGACUCCCUUUCCCCUUUAGACCACCUCUCCAUCCCCUUUUGACCACAUCGCUCCAGAACUGUGCUCCAUGUCUCUCUUUGUCGAUCCCCCUCUUUCUCACCGUGCUCUUCCACUCACACACACACUCUAAUAAUAAUCUUUUUAUAUCGCUCUUCAUUACAUAAAGGAAUCUCAAAGCGGUGUAAAGCAACAGCAAAAACAAACAAUAAAAUAAACAUAAUGAGAAAAUGAAUGGCGUGAUUGAGGUGGUCAGCGGAGGGAAGAGGUGGUCAAAGGGGAGAGGAAGCAGCGGGCAAGCAGCAUGCAGCACGUUGUCAUCACGGUGUCUCGCCAUCCACGCCGUCUGUGGUUUGGUAGUCGGACUCAAUCAGAUGAAGUUAGAGUUCCCUAAUAGCCACUGGACUAGCUAGCCAACUACUCUUCACUAAUACCAAAAUGCAGCACCCACUUGGCAGUCACAAGGCGCCAGAAAGUACACCACAACACACAAUAGUAAUUCAGGAUUAGCCAGUCAUGGUCAUCUCAUUACACCUCUGUAUUAUGGCUUCUCUCAAUCCUCAACAUCUGGAAAGUAGGCAUAAUCAAAUCAAUACAAAACAUUGCAUACUAGCAAGCUAACAUUAGUUUUCUAGCUCGCCAAAAAACAACCGCCAAUUUCAGCCUUUAAAACAUGCUGGAUUCAGACUAUAAUAAUAAGCUAAUAGUUAAUUCAUAAAACCCUAAGUUUGUAGGGAAAAAUGCUAUUAAAGCAAUUAAUGACAACUAUUUACAAAAUUUACAGGAGCUCUCUGCCUAGCCGACCUUACGGUGCCAUGGCAACCACGGAACCCAACUAUGUUGAUUCUAUUUGUCCCAUGUUGGGUUGCAUCGCUCUGUGAGUUUUUGCUAUUUGGUGUAAUGACUCCUUGAGCCCAGCAGAGGGUAGUGGUUGUCUGUGGAGCCUCCUCUCUCGCUCUCUCUUACUCUGGUGGUGCUUAUACUAGUUGGUAGUAGCUUUACUUCAAGUAGUGAAUGUAAAGACAGGAGACUGUGGCCACAUCGGCUGCCUUUGGGAACACUCUUUUCCCAAGUGCCUCUACCAUGUGGCAUUCCCGAGGACUCACUCCCAGAUGGAAUUUCACAGAGCGAGAGCACAACACUUCCCAGUACAAAUACGUGGGAGAGUACCCGUGCCCCAAGUUCACCUUUUACUAUUAAUUUGUCUUCAACAAUUUGAAGAGAAGGAUUGUUUCGGCAGUACCCUGUGCCAAAGCAACAGAAAAACACUAUAUACAGUGUUUGUCACAACACAACUGAUUGGCUCAA